CUUCCGGUUAGUACAAUACCGGAAGUGUGCCAUUUGAGGCGCUACUCAAACCUGGUCUGAGUCUGGCUGAAACGUUUUCUUGAUUUUCUGCAUUCUUGAUUGUGUUUGUUAAUGUCUAUAGAGGUGGGUUGCUUGUCUUUUAGACAGCCAUACGCAGGUCUCGUGUUGAAUGGCGUGAAAUCUUUAGAGACACGUUGGCGCCCCCUGCUGGCGGAGAUGAAGAACUGCACUCUGGCAAUCCACAUUGCACAGAAGGACUGGGAAGGAGAGGAAUGGAGAAAUAUCCUUAGGGAUCAUUUUGCAAUGAGACAGUCUGAAGUAGAAGAGCUUCUGGAAUCCGGGGAAAGAUUUGGCCGUGGUGUUGUGGCAGGUCUUGUGGAUGUUGGGGAAACAUGGUUCUGUUCUGAAGAUGUCCCUCCAGAUCAGAUGAGAGAGCUGGAAAAAGCAGCUUGCCUGACUGGACUUGCCCAAAAAUACCUCACAAGACUGUCCAGUCCGCGCUGGCUUACAGAGCCGCUGUAUUCAAGAGGCCAUAAAGACAUGUGGAUGAUACGAAUCCCAGCACAUCUGGUACCUUCAGAUCCUGUGGUUAAGUUAUUAUAGUGACUCUAGUUAUUACUGACAGAUCUGUGAAGGAUUGUACUAUUCGAUGACUAUUCCUUCGUCUGUAACCUUUUCAAAGUCAUGCUUCUUAUUCGCAGGCACCAAAUGUUAUUCCUUUACUUGCAAUCAUUUCUUAAUCCCGUUCGCCUCAAUGACACGGCUAGAAAUUAAAUGCAUCGUAUGUUUAAGACCAACACUGCUUCGAACAACUUUUAUAUUGAAUGCAGGUGUAAGAGUUUAGGCUAUAUUGGCAAACAUUUCGAUUUAUUAAAGCGGUCACUCUGAGACUUGCAGAUGAGGUGAUUUAAAGAAAUACAAAACACAACCCUGACUUGUUUACAGUGGAAAUAACGAAAUCGCACAUUUAAAGUCAAAAUUACGCACGUGGUCCACGCUGGUGGACUCGCCUCUUCAGUUCACCCCACAGGUUUUCUAUGGGGUUCGGGUCAGGGGACUGGGAUGGUCAUGGCAGGACCUUGAUUUUGUGGUCAGUAAACCAUUUUUGUGUUGAUUGUCAUGUAUGUUUUGGAUCAUUGUCCUGCUGGAAGAUCCAACCACGGCCCAUUUGAAGCUUUCUGGCAGAGGCAGUCAGGUUUUCAUUUAAUAUCUGUUGAUAUUUGAUAGAGUCCAUGAUGCCAUGUAUCCUAACAAAAUGUCCAGGUCCUCUGGCAGAAAAACAGCCCCAAAACAUUAAAUAUCCACCACCAUAUUUAACCGUGGGCAUGAGGUACUUUUCCAUAUGGCUACCUCUCUGUGUGCUCCAAAACCACCUCUGGUGUUUAUUACCAAAAAGCUCUAUUUUGGUUUCAUCUGACCGUAGAACCCGAUCCCAUUUGAAGUUCCAGUAGUGUCUGGCAAACUGAAGACGCUCGAGUUUGUUUUUGGAUGAGAGUAGAGAGUUUUUUUUCUUGAAACCCUUCCAAACAACUUGCGGUGAUGUAGGGGACUUCGGAUUGUAGUUUUGGAGACUUUCUGACCCCAAGACGCAUCUAACCUCUGCAAUCCUCCAGCUGUGAUCCUUGGAGAUUUUUUGGCCACUCGAACCGUCCUCUUCACAGUGCGUUGAGACGAUAUAGACACACGUCCUCUUCCAGGUCGAUUCAUAACAUUUCCAGUUGACUGGAAAUUCUUAAUUAUUGCCCUGAUGGUGGAAAUGGGUAUUUUCAAUGCUUGUGCUAGUUUCUUAUAGACACUUCCCAUUUUGUGAAGCUCAACAUCCUUUUGCCGCACAUCACAGCUAUAUUCCUUGGUAUUACCCAUUGUUAUGAAUGACUAAGGGAAUUUGGCCAA